UUUAAAAACAUUUUGUUUGAUUCUUUAAUUGGGAGGCAAUUCGCUCCCAGUCGGGAGGUGAGGCCCGGGGAGUGGCCAGGAGCGGGGACGUGCCCAGUGCUGCCCAGUCUUUGUCUGCUGCCUCCGGAUGCACAGCGAUGGGGGAAUGGACCAUCUUGGAGAGGCUGCUGGAAGCCGCGGUGCAGCAGCACUCCACUAUGAUCGGGAGGAUCCUGUUGACUGUGGUGGUGAUCUUCCGGAUCCUCAUUGUGGCCAUUGUCGGGGAGACGGUGUACGAUGAUGAACAGACCAUGUUUGUGUGCAACACCCUGCAGCCCGGCUGUAACCAGGCCUGCUAUGACCGCGCCUUCCCCAUCUCCCACAUACGUUACUGGGUCUUCCAGAUCAUAAUGGUGUGUACCCCCAGUCUCUGCUUCAUUACUUACUCUGUGCACCAGUCUGCCAAGCAGCGAGAACGCCGCUACUCUACUGUCUUCCUAGCCCUGGACAGAGACCCCCCUGAGUCCAUGGGGGGUCCUGGAGGACCUGGGGGUGGGAGCAGUGGUGUUGGCAAACGAGAAGAUAAGAAGUUGCAAAGUGCCAUUGUCAAUGGGGUGCUGCAGAACACAGAGAACACAAGCAAGGAGACGGAGCCAGAUUGUUUAGAGGUUAAGGAGCUGACUCCACACCCAUCGGGGUUGCGCACUGCAGCACGAUCCAAGCUCCGAAGGCAGGAAGGCAUCUCCCGCUUCUACAUUAUCCAAGUGGUGUUCCGGAAUGCCCUGGAGAUUGGGUUUCUGGUGGGCCAAUACUUUCUCUAUGGCUUCAGCGUCCCAGGGUUGUAUGAGUGUGACCGCUACCCCUGCAUCAAGGAGGUGGAAUGUUACGUGUCCCGGCCUACUGAGAAGACUGUCUUUCUAGUGUUCAUGUUUGCUGUGAGUGGCAUCUGUGUUGUGCUGAACCUGGCUGAACUCAACCACCUGGGAUGGCGCAAGAUCAAGCUGGCCGUGCGAGGGGCCCAGGCCAAGAGGAAGUCAGUCUAUGAGAUCCGCAACAAGGACCUGCCCCGGGUCAGUGUUCCCAAUUUUGGCAGGACUCAGUCCAGCGACUCUGCCUAUGUGUGAAAGGGCAGGUUUUGGAAAGGCCCUGGGGGAUGACAAGUAGCCCCAAGGCAGGCGACUAUGGAGAGUGGCUCUAUCUGCCCUCAUUUUUGUGGCUGUCAUCACUGAGAUGUAGAAUAAGGCUGGUUAAGAGAAGAUCUUGCCUCAAUGGGAGAGGAGAGAAAGCAGAACGAUUACUUCACACCACUGGUUCCAGAGACAGUUGGAUAGAGUGAUGAGAUGGAUGAGUUGGACUUCUUUGAGUCCUUUUGUUUUGUGGUCCAGUUUGAUCCUGAUCAUAGUGGACUUUACACAGCUACCAAGUAGGACUUAGCUCUGCUAAGCUCUGUACUCUGGUGAAUGGCAUGAGUCAAAUAUUUUAUUGGUACACAAUUUGUGACCUAUCUCAACACAUCCUUUCAUCCUGGGCUGCAGGACAAACAUCCUUGAGGCAUCCUUCACGUACCUCCCCCAUCAGCAUGCCCCUCUCCCUCCACCCAAGAUAGCAUGCCAGCUUUUUUUCUCAAUCUGGCCUUACAGUAGACCUAAUAUGGUUUAUCUGCAAGCUAGAGGGAAUUCCAUGGGGUGCUUUUUGGAGAAUGGCCAUGGCAGAGGUUUGCAUUACAGCCCCGUCUGACUGGCCCUUAGUCAUUAUGAAAACCUUAGGAAUGUCUCAAUAUUUCCAGUUUUCUAACUCAAACUGCACUGGUGCUGUUUAU